AUGUCUUCAAGUGGUAAGGAUUUUGCAGAAGGAGGAGGAUCAUCAACCUCUCCUCAAGGCAUCACACUUAGUCGCUAUGAGUCUCAAAAGAGAAGAGAUUGGAACACUUUUGGACAAUACUUAAACAACCUAAGACCACCAGUCCCAAUUUCUCAAUGUAACUCCAACCAUGUUUUGGAGUUUCUUAGGUAUUUAGAUCAAUUUGGAAAAACCAAAGUUCAUCUACAAGGUUGUAUGUUUUAUGGACAGCCAGAACCACCAGCACCUUGUACUUGUCCUCUAAGGCAAGCUUGGGGAAGCCUUGAUGCUUUAAUUGGGAGGUUAAGGGCUGCUUAUGAAGAAAACGGUGGAACUCCAGAGACUAAUCCUUUUGCCAGCGGUGCUAUUCGUGUUUUUCUUAGAGAGGUUAGGGAGUGUCAAGCUAAAGCUAGAGGUAUCCCUUACAAGAAGAAAAAGAAGACCACAAGUAAUCAAAGCAAGGGAAGUGAUGAUUCAAGCUCAUCAACCAUGCAUUUUUCUUGA